AUGCCGCAGUGCUGUCUGUACAAGCCUGCCGACGAGCGCAACCCGACGGCGACCAUUGACGGCAUCGAGAUGGCUUCACAGCCUCUCUCGCCCAAUACCUUGACGGCGCUCACGACCAAGUACGCUGGCCGCGUCCCGACCGACGACGUCAUCCUCCGCGAUGUCUACGCCACCGCCGACUACGUGGAGGAUUCCUGCCUCCUCGGGCGACUCGGCAUUGGGCAUGCGUGCAACGAGUACGGCCUCAUGUUCGACAUGACGCUGGCGCAUUUUGCAAUCGACUUGACCGGCGACGCAUCGACGUUGACGCCAACAACCCAACCGCCUCCCCACACCUUUGCGACGGUCGUGUACUUUUUUCCGUCCACCUGCGUCGGCGGCGCCGUCACGAUCGCACACGGCCACCGAACAACGACGUUCGAGGCGCUCGACGGGUGUUUUCUCUCGUUCUACAGCACGUGUGACGUGGCCGUCGCGCCCAUCACGUCCGGACACCGGUCUUUCGCCGUGUACUACGCCGCGUACAUCUUGGACGACUAUGACUCGGACCAUAGCUACGGGCCCACGCCCAAGUUUGCGCCGCCGCCACUGCCGUCGAUCCAAGAGCUCCAGAGUGCUGCUCACCACUUCGAUCCUCAAGGCUACCAUGGCGUCGCGAUCGGGCUCGAGACGCGCAGCUUGAUGCCGACGUUUGAUACGCUCAUGGGGCAUGACAAGGCGGUCGUCGACCGGCUACUCGCAGCCGACGUCUUUGACAUUGCACUUGUGCGGGCGGGCGACAACGGCAACAGCAAAGACAUUCUGUUGCUACCGGGGACGUUUCAUCCGCUAUGCAAGACCCCAGCACUCGUCCAAGAGGUCUACCACCAGACGCCAAUCCACGAGGUUGCCGCCGACAUCAACAAGAUCAAGUCGCCCGGCUGCUGUCUGCUCGUGUGGCCCAAGGCGAAUCGCGUGCGCAUGUUGGGUUACGACCGCACGGUUGGGCUCUUGCGCGCCAAUGUGGACGGUGACGUCGUCGACGACCUCGGCUACGGGUCGCUCCACAGCAUCUUUGAAGCGGCUUUUCGCUUCUUCUACCCGCGUCCGUGGAUCAACUAUACCGGGAAUCCCGAACAAACCACACUUGCGAUGGCGUCCUUGCUCUACGACCACGGCGACCUGCGACUCAUUGAGACGUUCUUGGACGUUCACGACUCCUGGGCCGACGAUGCGACCAUGGUGUCUUGGCUCCUCGCGGUGCUUCGACGGUUUGGCGCGUCUCGCAUCGAGUACAAACUACGAACGGCCGACGUCUCGAUCUCUUUUGUGGCUCAAUUGGUGUCUCUUGCGACGGCUGGCGACAAGCUCGCGCAGACGAUCGCAUGCGACUGCAUCCCGGUGUGGUGGCCUCGCAUGAUGCACCACCUCACCCACGGCUACUGUGCCAAGAAGGACGAACUGGGCCAUUUGUUUGACAUUGAGAUGUACAUGCUCGCGCAACCGAUGUGCAUGGCUGCAUCGACGCACCUCCGUCAGCACUUGCCUGAUGUUCUCGUGCGCAAGGUGGCGACGUACCUCGCGCCGCCGCUCACGUCGCUGCUGGACACGGCCCAAGUCCACAAGUGCCUCAUUAGCAGCCUUCUGGCCGUUGUCGGGCGCCUCGCCAUGUAUGUUGCACUCGCCGUCAAGCGUUUGCGCUCGGGGGCUGAACGCGCCAACUGCUGCAAUGGCCAUGCGCUGUAUCUGGCGCUGCAGACGGUCGGGACGCCAGCGUUUGCCACAGCCGACGCGGACGUACAAACGCGCCGGUGGGGCCAUAAAUUCAAAGACGAGUGCGCUGGCAUCGACAAGUCGUCGCUGACGGCGAUGCAGCUGCUCGUCUUGGACAAGUACAUCCGCGAAGACGACGAACCGUGUUUUAACAGGUAG